AUGCCAAUAUAUGGAAAAUUCAUGAAAAACAUCAUCUCCAAAAAGAGUUCCACAAAUAUAGACCCAAUCAUCCUUACUAAAACUUGCAGUGCUAUUCUCCAAGGUAUGGAAAUUCUUAUGAAAAAGAAAGAUAGAGGUUCUGUUACUAUUCCUUGCACUAUUGGUGAUAAAAAAUUCAAGAAGGCUUUGAUUGAUUUGGAAGCUAGUGUGAGUUUGAUGCCGCUGUCCAUUUAUAAAAAAUUGGGUCUUGGCACCGUUCAAGACACUAGGAUGACUCUUCAGUUUGUUGAUCGCUCAGUUAGGCAACCUUAUGGAAUUAUGGAAGAUAUUCUGGUAAAGAUAGAUAAAUUUGUGCUUCUGGUUAACUUUGUCAUUCUUGAGAUGCCUGAAGCUGAAGAGGUCCCUCUCAUAUUGGGGCAAACCUUUUUUAGAAACAGGACGGUGUAUGAUAGACAUAGAGGAAGGAACAAUGACCCUCAAGGUCUAUGA